AUGGCUGUACGAGCACAGUUCGAAAACUCCAAUGAAGUGGGCGUCUUCGCCAACCUCACCAACAGUUACUGUCUUGUCGCCGUCGGGGCCUCUGAGAACUUCUACUCCAUCUUCGAGUCCGAACUCGCUGAUCUCAUCCCCAUCGCCCACUGCACCAUCGCCGGCACCCGCAUCGUUGGCCGCUUGACUUCAGGCAACAAGAAUGGUCUCCUAGUCCCUACGUCCACCACCGACCAGGAAUUACAACACAUCCGCAAUACUCUGCCAGAUAGCGUCAAGGUCGAAAGGAUAGAGGAGAGAUUAUCGGCGCUGGGCAAUGUCGUGUGUUGCAAUGACCACGUCGCCCUCGUCCAUCCGGACCUCGAACGAGAAACCGAAGAAAUCAUCGCAGACACCCUGGGCGUCGAAGUCUUCCGCCAAACCAUUGCCGGCAACGUGUUGACCGGGUCCUACAUGUCCCUCUCGAACCAAGGCGGCAUCGUCCACCCGAAAACAAGUAUUCAAGAUCAAGACGAGCUGAGUUCGUUACUACAAGUGCCGCUUGUUGCGGGUAGUGUCAACCGAGGCAGCCCUGUCGUUGGUGCUGGCAUGGUUGUCAACGACUGGCUGGCCGUGACGGGUAUGGACACCACGGCUACAGAACUGAGCGUCAUCGAGAGUGUCUUCAGACUGGGCGAAGGCGGUCCCGGUGGACUGGAUGCCAGGAUGAAGGCCAACAAGGAGAGCAUUGUCGAGAGCUUCUAUUGA